AUGAUUAGGAUUAUGGAUUCUGAAAGCGGUAGCGUGAAACACCAGGUUAAAGCCCAGGGUGAAGACCACGACCACCGUGCCGUGACCGUAGAAGCGCACAUCGAUGCUCAGAUAGGACGUAGAAGCGUAAACAUGCUCGGACAGGACGGCUUCCCUUCCUUACCCUUUAAGUUCCAUUUUCACAAUGCCUCUGCUUGUAACCCCCGGUAUCGUUUCGCCUCACCUUCACCAGAUCGUUGGAGGAGUAAGCCAAACGGUUGUUCGAGUUACACUUACAUCGCUGAGUCCUACUUUCAGAAUGCAUUCGACAUCUCCAUGGAUCCAUCUCUGGACCUUCCGAAGCUAUCGACGUGCACUACGUGUACCUUCACGGAGGAUUUGUCCAAUUACUGGACAGCAGUCGUUUAUUUCAGGCAUAAGAACGGAACGUUCGAGAGGGUCCAUCAAAUCCCUGAAGAGCUCGUUGGGCCAGCGAACGGUGGCAUGACGCUGUAUUACAUCCAGCCACCUGGAGCGAGUAAGGUGACUGCUUUCCCGAAGGGUUUCCGAAUGAUAGUUGGCGAUCCCCUUCUUCGUUCUUUCAAUUCCUCCAGCCCAGAGUCGCGCAAUCUGCAUUUCCGGUGCUUGAAUAAAGGGUUUGGGAAUCCUGAUGAGGGGAAUGGAGGUCCUGUUGCUGAGCCUGGAACUGAUACAUAUGGGUUUCCCGAAAGGAAGUGCGAGGGAGAGAUCGUCUGGGACACCAAGAGGUUCAACCACCUCUGGGAGGAGGGUGAGCCCCAGCCGUUCGUAUUCAGCCACGGCGAUCCAACCGGCUACGGCCAACACGCCGACUACAUCUUCGGUUGGGAAGGUGACUCCCUCCAGCGCGCGAUGGACACAUGCAAGUCCUAUGGAGGUCCCUGCCCAACGUUGAAAACGCAGAGCGUGGCGAGUAUCAACCGGUGUGUUCAGAAGAAUAGGGUCAGAGAGGCCGUUGAUGGAGCUCUGCCGGCGCUUCCUGGGUGUAACCCUAUCCAGCCGGGCCCUCGACCUGCUGUCCCGUAUCCGGUCAAAGAUUGCAACGCAACCAAAGAUUAUGCGCCUUUGUAA